GGCCAGAGGUUUGAAUGACAGUAACAGGCAGCCGCCUGGAGAGGCGGACCGCAGAGGGAACAGGGGAUAAGCUUUGACGUCACCGAGCCCGCGGGCUUACCCUUGGGUUUAAAUCCUGGCUCUGCCUGCUACCUUGGACAAAAUUUUCUUCCUUUUGAGGAGCGAUUCUCCGCCUCCUUCAAGAGAAAUCUGUGUUAAUGCCCUCGUAGGCCCCCACAGCUGUGACAGAGAGGAGGUCACUGCCCUGGCGGAGCUGAUUGAGUAGGGGACAGAAACGAGACACAUUCAAGGGCAGGAAGUGUUAUGGUCCGAAGUGCGAGAAAAGACCACCUUAGAAACCAAACUGGGCCAAAUUCCAUAGAGGAAAUCAAAGAGAAAAUGAAGACCGUGAAACACAAGAUCUUGGUGUUGUCUGGGAAAGGUGGAGUCGGGAAAAGCACAUUCAGCGCCCACCUGGCCCACGGCCUGGCAGAGGAUGAAAACACGCAGGUUGCUCUCCUAGACAUCGACAUCUGUGGACCGUCAAUUCCCAAGAUAAUGGGAUUGGAAGGCGAACAGGUUCACCAGAGUGGCUCGGGCUGGUCCCCCGUGUACGUGGACGAAAACCUGGGCGUGAUGUCCGUAGGCUUCCUGCUCAGCAGCCCCGAUGAUGCUGUGAUCUGGAGGGGACCGAAGAAAAACGGCAUGAUCAAGCAGUUCCUCCGGGACGUGGACUGGGGAGAGGUGGACUACCUCGUCGUGGACACCCCGCCGGGGACGUCGGACGAGCACCUCUCGGUCGUCCAGUACCUGGCCGCGGCUCGCGUUGACGGAGCCGUGAUCGUCACCACGCCCCAGGAGGUGUCGCUGCAGGACGUGCGGAAAGAAAUCAGCUUCUGCCGCAAGGUGAAGCUGCCCGUCAUCGGGGUGGUGGAGAACAUGAGCGGCUUCAUCUGUCCCAACUGCAAGAAGGAAUCUCAGAUAUUCCCUCCCACGACGGGCGGCGCAGCAGCCAUGUGCCAGGACCUGAAGUUGCCGCUCCUGGGCAGAGUGCCCCUGGACCCACACAUAGGGAAGAGCUGUGACAAAGGCCAGUCCUUCCUGGCUGAAGCCCCAGACUCACCGGCCACCGCCGCCUACAGAAGCAUAAUUCAGAGAAUCCAAGAGUUUUGUAACCUCCGUCAGUCAAAAGAAGAGAACCUCAUCAGUUCCUGAGACAAGAGGGUGCUGGGAGCCCCAGCAGUUCCCAAGCCAAGGAGGGUGGCAGCACGCACAGGCAGGCCUGGCCACCUCGGGGACAGGUAGGGGUCGCAGGCAGCAAGGGACCAGACGCUGAAGUCACUUUCUCAGAGACACUUUAAUCAUCUAACGUUUGUACACUUUUCCUUAGAACAUAUGUAAAGGGCAUUUUUUUUUUUUUUAAACAAACGUGCCAUUUUAAAAAUAAAAACGCCUCCUCGAACCUUCCCUCCAAGGCUUGUUUCACGUAGAAAUAAACAGCUGCAGGACCGUGG